AUGGCCCGGCACAGGAACGUGCGUGGCUAUAACUACGACGAAGGUAGAGAGCUGUUGUGUUAAGGGAGAGCUGCUCCUCCGCAUUCAACUUCGCGGGAAGGCCCACCCCGCCCCUCGCACGACAGACUAGCCCGGCUCGGCAUGGGGGGGGGGGCGGAGGGAGGGGAGAGUCUCGGAGAGAGUGGCAGUGACGUCAAUAGCACGCCCACGACCUGGCUGGCGACGGGGGGUCUCGAGCGAGGCGCUGAGGGGGUCGCGGCGGCGGAGGGAGCCGAGAGGCACGGCGGGAGGGGGGGCAAGAAAGAGAAGGCAUGGCUAAGCGUGGGGAGGCCGCUUGGUGCGAGGCGGGUCGGGUUUCGUUGGAGAGGAGCUGGAGUCCUUCCCUCCUGUUUUGCCCCACGGCUCACCACACCUGUUGGCAUACCUGGUGGGAGCCUGAAACCUGUGGUCCUCACUGUUGACAGAGGCGCAACCAUUUUGAAAGGGACGCUGCCGCAGUGUGUGUGGUAGUGGGGAUGGCUGAUGAGGGUUAAAGGGGUUCAAGAACUGGCAAGAAGUAAGGACCCUUCGUGGUUCGAUAUGGUGGACCUCUGGAGUACUGCAAGCCAAGGAUAGGGAACCUGCAGCCCCUCCAGUUGCUGCUGGGCACCAGCUCCCAGCAUCCCCAGGCAGCAUACGCUGUGGUAACAGAUGGUAGGAGCUGCUGCCUUACAACAUCUGGAAGGCGACAGGUUCCACUUCCUCAGUAUAAGGAACACACAUGAUGCACAAUCUGCCUGCUAGCAGGGGCGGUUGAUUGGUCGCUGUUGGAAAAUCCUGCCAGUUUCAGUGUAGAAACACAUAAUCACAAUGUAUAUAAACAAUCUGAUUUUACGCUGCUGAAGAUGCAUCCAUGUAUUGCACUGGUCCAAGUUUAGGUUCCUCAAAAAACUUCUUUUUAAAUGUUCCCCAGAAACCUUUUCAUAGUGCUUAAUCAAUUUUAUGUGAUCACACAAUUCAUGUAGAGCUUAUAAGUACUGUACUUAAAACAAAUGUGAGAAUAUACGUAUUAGUGUUAAGUACUGUAGAGCUGCACACCUAUAAUGAAAAAAAACCACUGUAUAAAAACUGCAAUAAUAUCAACAAGAUAAAAUCUGGCACAUGCUAUGUGCCAUACAUCUAUGACAUACUAUCUUUUCAUAUGAGGUCAGAAUAGGCAUUUCAGUAUAUAUGAAUUAUAAGGGAUUUUAUUUGUAAUCUAUGUUUUGCAGAACAUUUUGACUACUACCCUUCUUGAAUAGAUAUGGUUAGGGUUGUGCUGUAAAUGAUUAAAUUUUAUUUAGAAAUAUCUUUAAUAAUUUAAGAUCAGAUGGGCAAAUCCAACAUGAUUCCUCUAUAGUAUAGUAAUAUUCUAUAUCCUACCUGCACACUCUAUUUUUAACAUUACUCUGGAUUAAUUACUGCCCUUUUGUUGUCAUAUGCCUUCAUGUUAUGUAUCUUUCACAUAUUUCCUUUUCAAUUAUUCUAAAGAAGAAUAUUUUUAAAGCUUUGACUUUAAAAAUUUAGGAAUUUGAUUUCCUUGUGUUUCAUCUUUGAGGCCUAAAAUCAUAAUUUAAUUACUUUAUUAGGAAAUAAAACCCUCCUAAUCUCAAGAGUCUGACAUUUCUGCACACCUCUAUCAUUAUCACUGUUCAAGGACACAUUCUAGCCAGGCAAAAGUGCACAAGAAGGACACAGAGCAUGGCCAAUGAGGAUAUGGCUUCAGGAGAACAUGGUCUGCAGAAAGUUCUGAGGGCCAGGUAGAAUGACCUGGAAGGUGAUGCACCUGAGCUAUAAUGUAGCUUAAAGGUAAAGGUAAAAGUACCCCUGCCCGUACGGGCCAGUCGUGUCUGACUCUAGGGUUGUGCGCCCAUCUCACUUAAGAGGCCGGGGGCCAGCGCUGUCCGCAGACACUUCCGGGUCACGUGGCCAGCGUGACGAAGCUGCUCUGGCGAGCCAGCACCACACGGAAAUGCCGUUUACCUUCCCGCUAUAAAGCGGUACCUAUUUAUCUACUUGCACUUAGGGGUGCUUUCAAACUGCUAGGUGGGCAGGAGCUGGGACCGAAAGACGGGAGCUCACCCCGCCGUGGGGAUUCGAACCGCCAACCAUGCGAUCGGCAAGUCCUAGGCACUGAGGUUUUACCCACAACGCCACCCGCUUAAUGUUUGUUAUAAGAAUGUGUAUAAGAAAACUUUAAAUUCAGUUGUAAGGAAAUUGUCUUUCUUGCUUCUUAGACUUUGAAGAAGAUGAUCUUUAUGGACAGUCUGUAGAGGAUGAUUUUUGCAUUUCACCUUCAACAGGUUAGUUUAAUAUUUGGCCAUUUAUGUAUGGUGUGCCAUCUGACCUAGAGGGAAUGUACUGGCCUACAUUAAAAAUUGUGUAUCGUUUGGCAAGGAAAUGAAUGAAAGAAAGGGAGAGUGGAGGCAUAAGUUGCUAAGGUCACUUGUGUAGGAUCAUUUUUAGAGGCAAGCUUAGAAUUCAUCUCCAGUACAGUACAGUAUUUCUACUUUUACAACACUUUGAUUCCCUAUGGGACAACUGCAUACUCCUGCAUUGCAGGAGGUUGUACUAGAUGAUACGGUCCCUUACAACUCUACAAUUCUAUGAUUAACUGAACUAAUUUUAUAUUGCUGUGGCCAUAUAACUAUGCUAAAAACAAAUUGCUGUGAAAGAUGGAAGUCCUCUAAAGCCAAACUAGUUGCUCACAACUUGUGUUGAUCAUACUAGGAAACCGAAUUGGCAAGAGUAAGAUAUACCAUAGAAAUCUGAAGCAUUUACAGAAAAGCAUAUUAUGAAUCGUUAGAAUAACAAAUAUUUGCUUUGCUGUAAAUGUUAAAAAAUAGCCUGAUUUAUUAAAUGGCACAAAACGUCUUAGGAUUUGGGAAUUGAACAAAACUGUUGAACUCUUUGUUUAUGUUAUAGCUGCUCAAUUCAUUUACUCAAGACGCGAUAAUCCUACUGCAUAUGCCGAGACAUUAGAAGAAAAAUAUGAUUAUGAAGCAGAACAUAGCAAUGAUUGUAUUCCAAGUCACCAGCUAACAGGUGCUGAAAAAGGUAAUUGUAAAUAUAUAGUACAUUGACUUAAUAAACUGAAGUGAUUGUGUUGCCACCAGAACAUGUGCAUGUGACAGUAAUGUCAUAUUCUGAAGUUUGCAUAAUAGUUAUUAGACUUAAUGAGUGGAGGCUAUUGGGUGGAAAGAUGGACUGAUGGAGACUUCAAAUCACUCCCUUUACCUUCACUUACCCUCUCAUCAUCUGUUCUCCCUCCACCCGCAGUAAAGAGAUGGAUGUACAGAGAUGGCUGUUACGAGGGCCUGAGGGCUACUGUUAGACCAGCCUCACUUGGGCUGGGAAGCAUACUGGGGGAUUUGGUGUUGCAAGCUCCUUCUGUAGUCAUCACCAUGAAAACAGUUCCUCAAUUGCUCAGCUAUUGACACUCAAGCUACUAAUGCCUUUUUCAGAGUUUUGUUGGAUAACCUUACAUUUCUUUCAGUUUUUUUGGAUGCUCCUCUUCACAUCUGCUUACUCUUCACUGUACUUCUGUCAUGUAGAUUGGAGUAGGUGGACAGGCUUUUAGAAGGGUAUUGAAUUAAAAUAAGCGAUUCACAGUUCUUAGAGCUAAAGGCUUGUAAUUAGCAGAUUUUUAUUAGCACCCCACUUCCAGCGCUUGCAGUUGUGGUUAACCAUCUGCUAAAUCCUGAGGCCUGAGAAGAUGUGAUUUACCUUAGAAGUUAAUUACAGUAUCUGUAAAUGCUUAAAAUGUACUGUUAAGUGACGUAUCAAAUUAUGUUGAAUUAUUUAAUGCUGAAUAUAUGCAUUUUCCCCUUGGGAGUAAAUGCUGUUUGUCUUCUUGAUGAUACCUAUGCUGAUAAAUAUUCAGCCUCUUAUAAAGUCCUAAAAGCUGACAACUUCAUUAUUCUGCUUAGGAAAAUAGAAUGUCCUAUGUCAGUGCUUCCCAACUUGUGUGUUGGACCUGCAAAUGGGUUACAAAGCCUGUUCAAACCCAGAAUAAUUAUAGUUGCUUGUUCUUAACAGGUAUGAGAAUACCUAUUUCAACUUUUUGUUUUGUUGGCAUGUUAUAAUGCUGUGUUGACACUUAAAAGGGAACACUGAAAAGGCUCAAGUCUUACAUUUUAACACUUGGGUACUGCUCUCUGGAGGCUGGCAACUGAUUUGGUGAUAGUUCAUCACAAAGUCCUUGCACAGGGAAUUGUUUUGAGUGACAGCUGCAGCUUGCCUCUGAUGCACAGAUGCUGCCUUCAGUACCUGCUCAUCAGAGAUGGAGCUGCAACAGUCACUGAAGACAGCUUGUGGCGAUCCAUCACUAGAUCUGCAACCAUGGUUACCGUAGUUACGUGUUUAGGCAAGGAUGAUUUUAAGUUUGCUUGGUUGAAAUUUUUCUGCUGAAGAAACAGAGUUUUGAGUGGGCUUGAAAUCCAUUUGCAGCUGAUGUCACAAAACUGUGCAAAAAGAACAAUUCCUUGAACUAUCAUUUGCUAGGACCCUCAAAUAUAAUUUUUCAGAAGUGAGGUGAUCUGAAUUUUUACCAAAAUUACUUGGUAAUCACUGAGUGUCUUGCACUUGCUGAUUAAGGAAUGCCUGCAUCUUUGUGAGAUUUUUCAGCAAUGGCUACUGUAAGGAUGAAAUAUAGUAAUUAUUUAUCAAUAAUGAUCUGAGGCUAUGUCUGGCAACCAUCAAACCCAACAUUAUGCUGUUUGGUAAAAUGCAAACUCAGCCCUCCCAUUGAUACCUUCAAAAAUAAUGUUAUUCAUGAUAAAGUCAAUUUAAAAUAUUCAUACUUCAUUGUAUCUGACACUCUGUAGCAAUACUUUUAAAAAGAAUUUUUUAAUAACUUAUUAAGAAAUAGCCUACAGUCAGAUGUUUGGUGUUCUUACAUUCUCAUAAACAAAUCUGUGAAUAACUUUGUAAGUACUAUAAACAUUUCAACAAACUCCACAUAAAUAGGGGCAUUAAGUUACUUUUUGCUUAGAUCUCUUAAAUAACUGUUAUAAAAUAGGCAGACACAGUUUAAAUUAUGAAACUGACAACUGCCGAAGUCAUAAGGUCCAAAAUUGAUGUGACAAUAAAUUUGGACUUGUGGGUCACCAUACCAAAAAGGUUGGGGACCACUCCUCUAAAAGGGUGGAGAAUGGCUAUUUGUUCCUGGAUAAAGAUGGUUGUGAUUUGGUUAAGGAAACUUAGAGAGCACUGGUUCAAAAUUUGGUGCAACUGUGCAUAUUUAUUUAAAGCCAUUAUAUGAGAGUCCCUUGUCCUUUUUUUUUUUUUUUUUUUUAGCUAAGCUUGAUUUGUGCCUUGAUCGCAUGAGAGAAGUGCUUGGAAAGUCUGUGCCUGAGAAAGUGAUGGUGGAAGCAGUAUUGAGCAGUAAAUUUGAUGUACAACAAGCUUUGGAUUCUGUACUUGCCCAAGACAAUAAGCAAAAUAAGAUCAAGAACGAGGAUGCCGUAAUUGCAGGGAAGGCAACAAAAGGUAUGUUUACGUUUAAUUUUUGUGUGAUUUAUUAUGUGGCUCUUUUGCAUAAGGGGCAGCUGUAUAGGAAGUUUUUUGCUUCUAUUUACCAUUUCUGUUUGUUAAUAACUUAAAUGACAAAGCUACAUAUACAGUGGUGCCCCGCAAGACGAAUGCCUCGCAAGACGGAAAACCCGCUAGACGAAAGGGUUUUCCGUUUUGGAGGUGCUUCGCAAAACGAAUUUCCUAUGGGCUUGCUUCGCAAGACGAAAAUGUCUUGCGAGUUCCUGCGGGGUUUUUUUCCUUUCCCCCCCCUUUUCCCCAAGCCACUAAGCCGCUUAUCAGCUGAUCCACUAAGCCGCUUAACAGCUGAUCGCUAAGCCGCUUAUCAGCUGAUCCGCUAAGCCGCUAAUAGCGCUAAUCCGCUAAACCGCUAAUGGGCUUGCUUCACAAGACGAAAAAACCGCAAGACGAAGAGACUCGCGGAACGGAUUCUUUUCGUCUUGCAAGGCACCACUGUAUAGAGGCAUCCUGUGAUGAAUGCCUAAAGUACUGUUAAUCUGUAGUCUUCUAAGGAUCUGUAAAUAUCAUUAGCACUAUGUAUAUGUUGUACUAAAUAAUUUGAAUUAAAAUUAUAUCAUGUAAUGGUUAAGUUAUAAAUUUGAUGUAGAUUGUGUAAUUAGAGAGAUAAUAUUGAAAAACAUGGCAUAUUCUAGCUUAGUAGUGCUAUAUUUACCGUAGUUAGUAAACUGAAUUCAUGAGGCUAUGAUUUACACAUCUAAUACAGUUUUGAUAAUGUUUGUUAAUUAAAUGCCUUUCUGUGUUUUUUCUAUUUUGCUGUUGGCUUUCCUGCUUUGCCACAAAUUGGAACUGUUUUUGCUUUGACCCUGUGUCUCUCUUGGAAUUGUUGGCUCUUGUAAGGUAAGGCUUAUUUUGCUCAGAAAUAUUUUCUAGCACUAACAACUUGGCUAACUCCAUUGAAAAUACUUUAGAUACCACUAAGUCCUGCUGUAGUCUCAGCAACGCUGUGGUCAGUUUUGAAUCUUGUAACGCUUCAGCUCCAGGUGACAAAACAGUUUUCAGACCCAAAUAUGUCAAAACACCUUCAGUAAAAAAGAAAAAAUCCUUUUGUAACUCCUCGGGAGCUCUUCCUAUACCAUUCAGUGACAAUGAUAAGUCACUUUAUAAACCACUGAACAAGCAGGUAACACUCCCACCAACUGACAGCACCAGCACAAGAUGGAAAUCUUGCAAUGAAAGUGAUGCAUGCUUUAGUUCAGAGGCUGAAUUGCUGAAGGAAAAUUCUUCAGAAAAUGUGUCUUGGAACCCAUCUGAAUUUAAAGGAGUUGACUUGAAGGGCCUGGUCAGGCUUAAUGAAACAGGUGAUUCAGCAGAUGCCCAAGAUAGUGCAUUAAUUUUUCUCCAGAAAAACUACAGUCAUGAUAGCAAAAGCUGUUUGGAUAAUCCUCCUGGUUUUAUAAAUGCUUUUGGAAAUUUGAUGCUGGACAGCAAGAGAAGUUACCAGCUCAGUAAAAAGGCUGAACUAUCUGAAAAUGCCCCUUCAUUUUCACACAGUAAGGGCUGCUCCCAAGGGCAUAUCAGCACCUCUUCAGAAGCGAAUAGCUUAAUAUUUUCAGUGUCUCAAAGCCCAUCACUGGCUGAUCUCCUACAGGAACACCAAGGAAGUAAUUCAAACAAGCCUCAAUCCUUAUCUGAUAUUUGCAACCCAUCAGCAGGUUUCACAGACUUGGAAUUAGAACUUUCACCAUUGUCCCAACUAGCCAACCAACCUCAGAUUUCAUCUGGAAUGACAGAUCUGUCAGGAUCUUUAUCUUCCUUAACAUUCUCCAAGUCUUCUCCAGUAAAAGAGCUUGAGAGUUUAUCACUUUCAGAUUUAAUUGCAAAAUCAACUGCAUUGGAUAAGCCUCGGACAACAAGCAGCUGUUCUGAGCUUUGUAUACCUAAAACAGUGCAACCUGCAGUUGUGAAUUCAGAUAUUGAUCUAAGUGUUCUUAUUAGAAAAUCAACAUUAUCUCCUCAACAUGUACAUGUACAGUCAGGCACUUCACUUCCAGAAAAAGACGCUUUAUUUUCAAAGCAAGGACGACAAAUGUUUGUAGCUAAAGGAAGGAAGAAGAACCAAAAGAAAAUGAGGUCACAUAUUUUGGAAGGCACUGUUCCAUGGGCAAAGGCCCUCUCUGCAACACCAUCAGCCUUUGCUAUAACUCUGUGUCUUCAUUAUCCCCCAAAGAGAUGUAAGCGCCAAACAGUUAAUCUUCAUAAGGCUUUCUUAUACAGUAGGCAAAUGCGAGAAGUAAAAAUUAAUGAAACUGGACCCUUAUUAGCAAUAACACCUUUUGACUUCAAAUCGCCAUCUCCAGAUGACAUUGUAAAAUUAGGCCAAAAGAAAGCCUUCACUAGAUAACAGCACAAUGAACUAAUGCAGUUUUGAUUAUUUUUACAUUAAAAAAGAUAUUUUGAACAGGUUGACUUGGACGGCUAAGUGGAAUGGAUGUCUUAAAUGCAAAGACAAUUGUCAGUUAAUUUUGGUUAACAAACUUUUGUAGUAAAGUUUUUGAAUAGAUGCACUGAAUUCCAGUCCUUUUUAUCCUUUUAUUUUGUAGUUGAUAGAGGUAGAUCUUAAUCUUUAGCACCUCAACUUUGGAAUAAUGUGUUAAGGUGCUGAAUCUUUUCUAAAUAAUUAAUAUUGAAAAAAUAUUUUUAAGAAAGAGUGUGCUAGCUCCUGCUAGAAACAACAUAUUAAUUUAUGGUUUCAGGAUUACCUUUAACAAAAAUUACACUGGGGACCAAAUUAUUAAAUAUUUGCUGUGAAUGAAUUUCCAUAAUGUUUUAAAUCUCUAAUGUGUUUAAUAUGGCACUGUUACUGUUUGUAGCUGCCUUGUGGCACAUUAGAGCUUUGUUUGCUUUGUUUUUAAUUUGUCCCUUUCUUUGAAAAAUUGAUUUGUCAGUGCAUGUUUUUGAAAUCCCCAUGGCAAAAAUAUUUAAUUUACAAAUGGCUUACCAUCAUGUUCAAACUUGGUGAGACCAGAAGUAUACAUUCAAGAGCACAGCUUGUGAAAUUUUUUUUAAUGGGUAGUUGUCAAAUGCAUUUUUUCUUUCACACAAAUUAUUUGGCAUUACUGUACUUUCCUGCACUCUCUGGCUUUCUUGUCCCUUCAUAUUAAAUCAGGAGGUCAUGUGUGUUAGCUGUCAUAUAGGUGCAUAGCAGGGAACCACAGCCCAGUCUGUCUUCCUGGUUCAAACAUAUAUUGUACAAAUAAGCAGACAUAUGCCAGCCAUGUGCUCACUUUAUAAAACUUACUAAGGUACAAGCAAAAUAUUUUACAUGUACCUGUAAAAAGUGUAAUGUGUGCAGCGGUCCUUUAAAAGAUUCAGGCUAAAACUUCCCAAUGUUUUUAAUAUAGAAUGAUCAGGAUGUUCUCUGUCCAACUGAGGAAUAACUUAAUUAUUAACCAAAACACCUACUUCUUCAAUCUUUUUAACUAUAUGUUGUAGAAUACUAUUCUUUUGAGCACCAGUAUCUUAAAUCUCAUUCAAAUGGUGAUAAGAUUAUAUUUUUGUCUAUUAGCUUUCUGUUUCUGCUGCUUUCCAUACUUGUCUUUAUUAUUAUUAUCUUCAUCAAGGAUUAUAGGCAUUUGUCAAGUUAAGACUUUGUAUGUUUUUGAUAGUAUCAUGUGUUUUGAACAGAACAUAAUGCAUUGCUGUAUUUUCAGUGAGAACCCUAUCUUAACUUUUGUAUUUAAUUUAACAGGCAGCUAUUAUUUAGUUCACUGGGUAAAAUAUAUAUUUCUUGGAGAGAUGUUUUUACAUGCUUUAAGAAACAAACAGCCAUGUCAGUAUGUAAAAUAAUUUUGAUUUUUAACUUGAAAAUAUAUUUUUAUUGUAAGGUACAUUCCAUUGCAUUUUGGUGCAAUUUUAUUUUUUUAUUUUAUUGUUGUGAUUUGACACUUAUUGUCACAAUUCAGCAGUCUCAUUAAAUAUCACUAUGUCCAAAUGCUUACUGCAUCAGAUGACAAAAAUAGUGUUUUUCCAGUAUCUCUUGCUCAGUGGAAUUCUUCCUCUGUCACUUUUGCUUAAAGUUUUCUCCUAGUCAUCCCAUGUACCGUAAUUGUAUGGGAUUCCAUAGAAAAUGAGGGGAAGAGGCUGUUGUGAUGUAGGUGGACUAGUGUGGUAGAUUGUGGCAGGUGUGGUUUAGGCAGCUUGACUGGAAUAAUUGUAGUAUAGACCAUCACUCAUUUGACCACAGCUUGAAGCCAUGGACUACCUUUUUAGACAGGUUCCGAAAUGGUCAUUAAGUAAAUGUGUAAACACUGUAUAUUUAGAUAUAAUAGUGUUAUGAUGCUGCAGGUUUUUUUGUAGAUGUAUAUAAUACAAUGGUUGACCAAAGAUGAACGUUACCUUGUUUCGUAACUAUAUUUUUGCUUCCUAGAUUUUUUGAAAAGAUUUUUUAGCUUUGAGAAUAUUUCUGAAUGGCACAUAUUCUUCAGGUAACUUAGGACAUGACCCAUUCUCUUUUGGAUAUGGUUGCACCCCUUGGAGGGGCUUGACAUGGAGCUGAAUAAAUUUAUCCUCUCCCUCCUGGCAGGCUGAAAGGCAUUUGCAAACUUAUUGUUGCGCUGUGUUUGUUAGAUAACAGUGCAAGGCUGCUGCAUGCCUCUCUCCACCUGCCCCUUUUCCCAUAUCUUGAAUAUGCAAGUUCAUUUGAGUUCAGAGAGGUGGUAACUUACAAGCCCGAAGUACUGUGGAAAUGAAGAACAUGUGGGUUGCUAUAUUGGUGGUGUGCAUUGACCUCCUUUUUAUGAUAACAGCCAGCAUGCUGUACAAUGUGUGCGAACCCGAGCUGGAGGUGAGGCAGCAAAUUUGAAUCCUGAUCUCUGCAAACGUGCAUCAUGCCUUUACAUUUGACUGAUAUUUUACUGCUCUGAAGCCAGCCUCUGUUUUUGCAUGUGUAUAUAUGGUACAUUUUUUUAUAAAUAGUGUAUAUUUUGAAACUGUAAAAAACUAUUUGGAUGUGUAUUUUGGACAUCUAAAAUGUGCUAGUCAAAAUAUUCAGAGCAUUGUGAAAGCAGUAUCUUAGGUUUUUUAUGUAUUCAAAAUCAAAUUUUAAAGUAAAAUUGACCUGUAGCUUGUUUCAUGAAAAAUAUAGAUAUAUAAAAUAAAUUUAAUUUGAGGAUUAAUAAUCAGUGCACGCUGUCUUCCGUGUCUUGCUGUGAGGGUUCAAAUACUUACAGUGCCUUGUGUUGGUGGCUUCUCCAUUAAUAUUGUUUUUUUUUUAAAAAAAACAGAAUUGUAUAUUUUCAUUCCUAAAAACUCUAAAAAUAGUUUAAAUUUGCACUCACAUUUUGUGGAAUUAAUAAAUAAAAAUUAAUCUUUUCCUUAGUGUGCCUGAAUUUAGUAAUUGGAACUGAAGUGAAAAUAAUGGUUGCUCACUCUUUGUUUUGUCGGAAAGCUGUUUAAAUAUCAUUGAAUAGUUUGGUUACUUGUGUUUCAUGGCCAUUCUAAAGGCUAUAUAGAAACACUACAACAGUCCAAAAGUUGAAAAUCUAUCUUUGUCAUUAUUGUAUUUUUUAUAUUUUGUUUAGAACUGCUGACUUCAUUCGUCACAGCUUUCUGUCUGUAGUUCUUUGAGGUUCUGAGCUAUAGGUAAAAUAGGUUCUUUGGGAGCAGGAGUGAAAUGGGUAUUCCUGAAUAAACUGUGUUGCAGUUUUGGUCUCCUGUUUCCCUGCCUACCUUUAAAAAAUGUGGAUAAAACCCUUGGUCCCACGACAAUUAAAUCUGUGGCAACAUCUAUUAAAGAGAUUUGCCUUAAAACUUAGAAAGAGUUCCAUAGUUCUGUGAAUUAGUGUCUAUUUCUUAAACAAUUUAAGUGCAUUAAAACUCAGGAAUUUGCUGCUUGUCUGCUUGUCUAUAUCAAAUGGUUCAUGUGUGUAUUGAUUAGUUGAUACAAGAAGUGUGCUUUAACUGAAGAUAUGCACAUGGAUUCAAUAGCUAAAACUCAGAAAAAAGCAAAAGAGAUGGGGAGGAUAUUCAUGUGACUCAACACUUGAGUGUUUUCCUUCCUGUCUAAAGGUCAUAUAUCUACACUAGAUCCAUUGUAUUUUUCCACUUGGUGGCCACUUGCUUAACAUUCUGUUACUGCUAAAAUCUUCUUGUUGCUUAUAUGGGUAUUGCUGACAAGUUGCAGUAGUUGAAAAAGAGCAAUGAGAUUUGAUUUAGCCUACUUUUUGUAUUGGAAAAUAGUUGUCAUACAGAUAAGAUAACAUUGUUGCAUGCAAGUUUAAUGAAGAUUCCAGGCUGAUAUGUGAUAUAUGACCUCCUAAACCCAAUCCAUUGUGCCCCAUGGCAUCUACUACAGCGUCAUAAAGUUUCUGUCUUGGUUUGUGUUGUUGGUGUGCCAGCUAAGAGGCAUUUCAUCCUAAGUACUUGUUCCAUAGGCCCAAGGAAACAGUUGCAUCUCGAUACAGCUAAUGUAGUGGACAAUUGUAUCUCCAUGGAGAGGCGAUUGUACAUCUGGGAUAGCACAACAGAAAAGGCUCUGUUCAAUACGGUCUUACCAUAUACUGUAGCUGUAGAUGGAACUAUGACCAGAGCCACAGAUUUUAUAGCAUGAGUUACUCUGUAACAGGGAAAAUGAUAUUUCAAGUACUUAGAGCCCAAAGUCAGCAACCUAAGGAGGCAGCUGGGGCUGAUAUUUAAGGAUAGAUGUCAUAUGAUCCCGUUUCAUGGCAAAAUUUGAUUAAAAUCAGUACAGGUUUAAAAGGUUCGUUCUGCCAUCUUGAUUCAUUGUGUUAAGAGGUAUCCAAAUGCAUGGAGAACAGUUAAUCAACUUUACAAAAUGUUUAGUAGCUAAGAGUGAAUUCACUGGGUAAAGAAUUCAUGUUUGAUGCAGGCUACUACAAAGCGUACUUUGGACAGUGUAUGCCUAAUGUCAAAGUUCCUUAUAAUUUAAAUGUAGCUAUGAUAAAAAAAAGCUUCAGUCAUUUUUUCACAUUAGUAAAAUACGGGGUAGUGAAUAGGACCAUAUCAGUCUCUUUUGGGGAACAUUUUGUAACAAGAGUCACAUUCUCUUUGAUACAGCUGUGUGUGGGCUUUAGAAAGGAAGUGGCUUAUAUCAAAAGCAGUGAGAAACAUUUUAAAAUGUUUUUGAGCUUCACUUUGUAUAUACACCUACACUGGAAAAAAUGACACUCCCAAUAUUUUUCCCCUGAGAUGUUUUAUCUUGCAGUCUUAAAGGUAGCAUACUAUAUUUUGAAAGAACACCACUUUAAAAGCUAGGGCAGAUUUAUUUUGCAUAUCAACAGGAAAUCAGUGGAAAUGUGCUGCUAUGUACGGCUGAAUAAUGAAAUAAUGUUUAGUGUUCUCUUCUGUUAUUACAUAGUUCUGUUUUAAACAAACCCUGUUAAUAUUUGAAAAUCUGGGAUUUGUUAUGUUAAAGAUAAGAGCAAUUAUACAUAUUCUACUGGAAUUAUUUGUUUGGAUUUUUUGCCAAAGGCUUAGAGUAGGUCCCAAUAUUUUAGAGCCUAGAAGCAGAAGAAUAAUCUAUAUUUUAUAAAUAAAGGUUUGUCCUUUGGUCCUUGUAGAAAACCACUUCCUAGUUAUUGUUGUCUGGCUAUCAUGUUUCACCAUCCCAACCCCAUCUCUGAAGCCACUUUUCUAUUCUGCAGCCCCAUUUUUACCUUCACUGCCAUGCCCAUGCCUCUCCUUCCUUCCUUCCUUCCUUUUGUGCAACCCUCCCCCUUGCUCACAAACAACCCCCAUGGUAACCUGCAUUUUCCUUCUCCCACACAUUGCAACUGCUUAGCACCUUUUCCACCAUCUGCCUUCUCCUUUCCUUCAAAGCUUUUCAUUCCCCUGCUCUCAUCUUCACCCCUAUUCCCAUGCCUCCUACUCCUUCCUUUCUUUGCAAGCCCAUUUGUACCACCUCUUUCCCCCCUCUCCCUCCCCAACUCUCUCUUGCAUGCAGAUCAUCCUCAUUUCCUUGCUUUGCUAUUCUCCAGCUGGCGUUGAUAUAUGCUAUAUCUUUAAGAUGAAUAGAGUCUUUCGAACAAGCUUGUCAGGUAGCUUGUUCGGUUAGAGAUAGUUAUGUUCAGUUGAUGGUUGCUGUGCAUGUAUGGGUGUUUGCUUGUGAAUAAUAAACAACAGCAGAGUUUGACUAAAACAGGGAUGGAGAAACAUGGAGUGUUGGUGUUUCUUUUAACCAACCAGUUUUAACAAGGAAAAAUAGCUUUCUGAUGUUCCUUUCUUCUCCCUCUCAUCUAUGAUCCCUACUCUUGUGCAACUUUUUGCUCCCCUACUCCACCCUGACCGUGCACAUCCAGAAUUGUGAUCCUGCAUUACAAAUCUUCCAUUACAUUCUUCCAUUACAGGGGUACCUUGGUUUACAACCAUAAUCCGUUCCAGAGGUCUGGUUGUAAACCAAAACAGGUUGUAACCCAAGGCGCACUUUCGCCAAUGGGGCCUCCCCCCCCCAAAAAUGGAUUGUAAUCCAAAAAAUAAAAUAAAAAAUGGGUUGUAAUAAAAAAAAAUGGACACGCACUUCCGGGUUUGACAUGGUUGUAAUCCAAAGCAGUUGCAAACCAAGGUACCACUGUAUUAUUAUUAUUAUUAUUAUUAUUAUUAUUAUUAUUAGUAUUGUAUGGCAUUUUCUUUGUUGCAGUCUUGUGAGCUGUAACUUGCACCUUCUAAUAUCAUUUGAAUAAAAAUCCUGAAUUAUCACUCUACUAAUCCCACACUUUUUAUAUUUAUGUUUACUGAUAUCAAGCAUUUGGAAACAGAACUUGCCUGUAAAACUGUCACAUGUAACAGUUUUCUCUGUAAGAUUUUCAAGAAUAUUCAGAAUAAGUGUUUGACACCAUCAGAACUUCAAACACUAAACCUAUCUAAGAAAGUAGUCAAAAUUCUUUCAUUUGUCUGUAAAGAGUUUUCUAGAGAUAAAUGCAAUACUUCAUGUAUUGCCAGAUGUAUCAUUUGAUUAAUUUGUUUAAUCUCUUAGGAGCUCUCUUACGUUUCCAGUGCAUUUAGUUUUAUCACUUUGCCACCAAUCUAGCUGCCAGGAGCCAUUGCUUUGUGUAUAUUCAAAAUUUUAGCUUUGUGCAUUUCCAUUAUAUUCGGAAACAAAUCAGAAAUGAUCUUACACCAGUUAUCUCAACCCCUCACCCUCAAUAUUUUCACAACAUUGGUACAGAUGUACACUCUUACAGCAUAUCUACUAUAUCGCUACCCAUUAUUCUAGACCUCAGGUGCUUUGAAUUAGACUCUUGAAAAGUCACUUAAUUUCUUAAGUGCAGAUUAAAUUUAACAUAAGUGUCAGAUUUUUAAGACUGCAGCCAACCUAAGGUUGGUAGUACAGUAUAUCCUAAUGUUUUAUGACACUGUCUAAAACUUUGCAUUGUCUGCAUACGCUGUUGGGAACCUCAAUCUGCUGGUCUUUCUUCGUUUAGUUUUUUAAAAAUUUGAGAGAAAAUUGUUCUAAUUCUUUUAGUACUGUAUACAAAAAUAUUUCCAGGUUUGUGAUUCUUCUAAUACUGCACUAUGAUUUUAAAAAGAAGAGAGAGCUUUCAAAGUUUACCCUGACACAUAUUUUAAUCUUUGUCGGUGGUGAAUUGUAGUGUAUGCAGUUUUAUGUAUUAGAAAUUCAGUGGGUUUUUUGUUUGAAGAGCUAUGGGUUCAGGUAUGCCCAGCACAGCUGCAGACUGCUAUAGCUCAGUGAACACAGGCUUUGCAUGUGAAAGGUCCUUUUUUUUAAAGUUUCUCAUUACAGGGUCAUUGAAGGCAAGAAGAAAUCUCUGCUGAGCCACUGGCAAGCUGGUGUCAUACGAAGAGGAGUACCAUUUGUCUGACUCCCUACAAAGCUUCUAUACUCUGAAUUUCGGGACACAGAGUUGUAUCAGCUUAAAGGGUUGUCUUGAAUCUGACAUAGUAGGAAGGACUCUAUGAAGCUGGUCAAUUCUUUGUCCUUUGCUUGCUUCUCAGCCUACUUCUUUUCUUGUAUCACAUAGGAAAUAUUUUAAAUUAAAAUUCCUGAGAGUGGUACUGCAGCUUCUUAGCACAAGAUGGUUGUUAUUGCCUCUGUGUUGUAUGGAGCCUCAGUUCCCAAUCUUCCUAACUGAGCUGUGAACUUUAUUCAGUGCCUGCAACUAGUUAUCGGGAUUCACCCACAAGGACAUACAUUUUCCUCUCUCAGCAGGUGUUAAAGCCUUAUAUGUGUGCGUUUAAUCAGUUGUAAGUUCUAUUAACUUUUGUGGGACUGGCACCCACAUUAAUGUGCAUUAAUGCGCAACCAUAAUUCUGUAUUUCCUUUAUUUAAAAUCACGUAGCUGAUACCAUGACCCUGUUUUUUUUUUUAAAAAAAUAGUAACCAUCUGUGCACAUUUGUUAGUUUACUUUUAUUUAUAUAUAAAACAAUAUUUAUAUACUGUGUCAAAAAUAGGUCAAGAUUGCUUAUAGAAUAAAACUAAAAACCAUUAAAAAGUUAAGAAUAUACUUUCAAUUGUUCAGUAUACAUUCAUGAUGCAAGGCCUAGCUCUAGUGUUCACUGUACUGAGGAUACCUUUUUAAUCAAGUGCUGUAAUAGCUUUUUCUAUAUAUCAGGUACAAUAAGUGUCACCAUACAUAUGAUGUGUGCUAAUUUUUUCAUUGUUGAUUGAAUUGGUAACAUUUGAUAUCAUAGAAGCUAUGAGGGCUGAUUAGUUCAGGUGCUUAAUCAGCCUACUGCAUUGAUACAGCUUUGUAUUACCUUUUGCAAAUGAGAUUCAAAGCAGCUUUAGCAGUUUCACACUCUGAUUUCAAAUACUUCUUUCUGUCAAUGUGUUACUGCUAACACGUUUAGAUAGCAAAGAAUGUGAAAGCAUCUAUUCAGUAUUUUUAAUAUCCUUCAGCUUGGUGCUGCUGCUAUUGACAUUCUUGUAUAUAAAUCUAGCCUACCAACAAUAUAGAAUGGCAAAUUGUGUUGGCUUCUUAUCUAAUUUUGUAUAGAAAGAAAAUUAGUGGGUUUUUGUGGGGGUUUUUUUUAAAAUAAAUAGGAGGAGGAGGAGUAUUUAUUAGAUUCAUCAAUAUAUUUCAGGGCGGUUCACAAGAUAAAAAUACAAGAUGUGUAAGGUAAUAAAGGGGAGAAAUUGGAAACCAAGCAUGGGGGGGGGUCUAGAAGAGAUGAAUAAGUAAGUAAUUUGGAUGUUAAAUUAUUGAAAAUUGAAAAUAAAAUAUGGAAACAGCUAAACCAUUUUUAAAAAAGGAAAAUAAAUCACAACCCAUCUUAUAAUCUGAAAUUUAGCAGAAAAACAAAAGUGUUGGUUUGGCUAUUUUUCUCUCCUGAAACUGUAUCUUGGGUAGCAUUCUGUAUAUUCCUUCAUUCGCUCUCUUAUCGUAAUUGUGCUUGUAUUCUUCAAGAGUCUUAUCUUUCCAUGUGGUCUGGCUGCUCCAUAGCACACUGAUCUUCAGCGGUACCUAUUUAUCUACCUGCACUGGUGUGCUUUUGAACUGCUAGGAUUGCAGAAGCUGGGACAGAGCAAUGGGAGCUCACUCCAUGACACGGAUUUGAACCGCCAACCUUCAAAUUGGCAAGCCCAAGAGGCUCAGUGGUUUAGACCACAGUGCCUGGAUGUGCAGAGUUGGCUCCGAUGCUACAGUUGUAAUCUCCCCAAUACACAAAAAAAGAUGUUGAAUGGACAGGUGCAUGUGUCACGUAGUUAUUAGCAGACUUUCAUUUAUCAUGCAAGUCGCUUCAAACGUAAACUAAUCUGAGUAUAUAGGUAAGAGAUCUCAGUACUACAAAACAGUUGUGCUGCUAACAUGCAUAUUAAUGGUGAAAGGAAAAAGUGUGAACUUGUGUUUGACUUUACAGUGUAUUCAGAAAUCUGUUCUGCUGUGACAAAAAUUACUAUUGAAAAAUACAUGAAUUAACAAAUCCAAUAUACGUGGUUAUAUGUGUAAGAGACAUAGAACAGGAAUGGGGGCCCUUGUGAGAUGUUGGAUUUUAGCUUCCGUCAGCCCUCACCAUUGGCCAGACUGGGGGUUGAUGAGAGUUUCAGUCCAAGAACAGGUAUACGGCCACAGGUUGCCCCUCCUGGUGUAAACUACAUUGUAAGUGUUGCCGCUAAAAAUUUCUAGAUGAUACUGUCCUUGGGAACUGGUGGAUUUUCACACUUAAUAAUAAUGAGAAGAGCAGAUAAUAAGUAGGGAGGGGAAUGCUCAAUAUUUAGCAAGGCAGAGAUAUUAGAAAGACAAUAUAGACUGAAAUUUUCAAACUACUAGCUCAUUUUUCCAUUUCUAAGCCAAAGCAAGCUCACCGGAUGGGGAUUUAUAAAAUGAAUUAACUUGCUGUUUUAAGUUUCAAUAACUACAGGUCAUCUGCCUUCUAUUUUUGUGCACUUAAAAGGUAUAAAAUCUUUUUAUGAAAUCUGUCUCAUUUACAUGUGCAAAGGAGAACAGUGUGUAUUUAUUUUAUUUCCUAUGCUUUCCUAUAUCAAAGUGUGCACCGAUAAUGUAACAAUAGAGAGGUGCAUUAGAGGUUAUGGGAACAGCAAACCCUGGAUGACUGCUGAAGUAAGGUUACUCUUGAAAGCUCGGGAUAAUGCCUUUAAGGUAGGGAACACAGAUACAUACAGAGGGGCAAGAACAAAGCUCAGGAAACGCAUUAAGGCAGCAAAACAACAAUAUAAGCUUAAAGUGGAGAAUUGCCUAGCCGAUAACAACACGAAACAAGUGUGGCAGGGACUGCAGCACCUAACCAACUACAAGGGCAAUACGAGGAACACAGUUAAGGCUGAUGAUGUGUUAGCGGAAGAGCUGAACAUCUUCGCCCGCUAUGAGGUAGAAAGAUCAAGUGUCACGGCUCUUGCCUGCCAGCCUAUAAAUUCUCAGCUACUUAUUCUAUAUGACCAUCAAGUGAAAACUGCAUUGUGGGCGGUGAAUCCUAGCAAAGUGGCUGGUCCGGAUGGGUGCUGGGGAAAGUGGUAAAAAACGGUGCUGAUCAACUAGCAGGGGCCCUGACAAGGAUUUUUAACAUCUCCCUGCAGACUGCUUGUGUACCAUCAUGUUUGAAAGCAGCCACCAUUGUCCCAGUCCCAAAGAAAACAGCAAUUAACUGCCUAAAUGACUACAGACCCAUUGCAUUAACAUCUGUAGUGAUGAAAUGCUUUGAGAGAUUCGUUCUUCAACAACUUAGGACAUGUUUUCCACUGGAUUUUGAUGAACACCAGUUCACUUACAGGAGAAAUAGGUCAACAGAUGAUGCCAUAGCCAAGCUUUUCACCUUGCAGCGAGUCAUCUGGAGAGACCGGGGAAUUAUGUCAGAAUGCUGUUUAUUGAUUAUAGCUUGGCUUUUAAUACCACCCUUCCGGACAUUCUUAUUAAAAAGCUGGUGGACCUGGACCUUUCCCCUACCACCUGAGAUUGGAUUAAAGACUUUUUGAGGGAUCACACACAAAUAGUGAGGAUUGGGCCUGUUACAUCUACCUCUCUGAAGCUCAGCACUGGCACCCCACAGGGAUGCGUGCUGAGUCCCUACCUGUACUCGUCGUAUACAUAUGACUGCAUUUCAUCUGAUCCAUCCACUGCAAUUAUUAAGUUUGCAGAUGAUAUCACCAUAAUGGGUCUAAUUACAGGUGGAGAUGAAUCAGUAUAUAGGGAGGAGGUUCAAAAAGUCUGCACAUAGUGCCUAGAGAACAACUUGCACCUGAAUAACAGCAAGACAAAGGAGAUUGUGUUGGACUUUUGGAGGAAGAGAGAGGAACUAGCCCCGUUGUAUAUCAGGGGUGUGUGUGUGGAGAGAGUCUCUUCCUUUAAAUUCCUGGGAGUUUACGCCAGUGAAGACCUCACUUUGAAAAUCAAUACCACCCAGGUGGUUAGGAAGGCCCAACAGAGACUCCUUUUCCUUAGGGUCUUGCGAAAGAACAAUGUCAAACAAAAAUUGAUGAUCUCCUUCUACUGGGCCACAAUAGAAAGUGUCCUUUCAUACUGUAUAACAGUGUGGUACACUGGUUUGACAGGAAGUCCCUACAGAGGGUGGCGAAUACAGCAUAUGACAUCAUGGGCUGUCCUCGGAGUUUGCCAGAUGACAUCGUGGGAGACUGCUGCCUCAGGAGAGCGAGGAAAAUUCUUAGGGAUGACUCACACCCUGGCCAGCACUUCUUCAAUCCUUCGGGCAAGAGAUACAGAAGUAUAGUCAGCCACACCAACAGUGGGCUGUUGGGCUGCUGAAUGGAAAAAAAAUAGUGGUGUAAUUGACUUCCAACAAGCACACAGAGUGUGAACAAGACUGAGUGUAGGGGGGGGGGGGCUCGUUUAAUUUCACUGCACACAGAUGGUUUAUUAUUAUUAUUAUUAUUUAAUUUCCAGUUAGCUUUGCAUUGUUUAUAUAGUUUCCAAUGUAAUGGCAUCACAGAAAGUUGUAUUUGGUUUGCUGGUUAAAUGUAAACUUGAUGUCAGAUGCACAAAAAUUGAAAAUCUUUUAAAGUUGCUGAAUUAUUCAAGUUGUCAAUUCUUAUUGUCCCUAGAAUGGUUAACUUACUAUUACAAAGUAUAAAGUUAUAAUGGGCUGGAAAACUGCAGUUCUUUUCCAUACUUAAUUUGUGGAUAAUGUAGCAAGAAUAUUGGACAGUAGUGUAUGAAAUGUACGUUUAUUAGGUGGUGGGAGGAGCAGUGUCAUUCCCCAUAGUAUUUAGGACUGGGUGCUUUGAUCUCUGUCCACAGAGCUUCUUAUGGGAUAUACUUGAUGAUGAAUCAUGCCUGAAACUAUAGCUCAUCUAGAAGGGCAAAGUGAAAUAUAUUUUAAUAGCACACAUGCUGAGUGUAUGCAGCAACAUUGUGUUGGACAAGAGACUCUGUGGAAGAUGCACAAGGCUUCCACCCAAAGCAGCAGCCUGGGUUGUGCACUUUUUUGGGGUAGCAGUAACAUUUUGACACCCAUCACUCCAUGUUAUUGGAGGUGGGGGAUGUUAAUCAUAAUGACAUCUGGACACAGUAAGUUGGAGGUACAGAUGUGAAGGCAGAGAACUCAAUUGGGACUGCUGUUUUCAGUGGCAACCUUGUUUUUCAUAUAUGUAGUUUCACCCCCAGAGUCCCAACCCUAUGUGCAUUUUGGGCAUCUGGUUUCUGUAUGAACUUUGAUUUUAUCAUUUAACAUGUUUUGGAAUGAAGAAAUGCUUUCCUCAUAAUAGAAAGGUCACACGCUGGUGUAAUUUUUAUUCCUGUGUAGACGAGCCUGUCUGAAGAUUUGCAGCCACAUUUGCUUAAACUUGAGACUUCCACUCAUGUGGAUGCUAUCAUGAGUUUAAGAUUUAGGAUUGCCUCUGACUAAAUCAUAUUCAGAGUGGACACAAUGAAAUCAGUGAACAUAAGUUAGGCCUAAAGGUUUCGUUAUGUUUGAUUUCUAAAGCACACUGGUAACUGAUCUGUUAACAGCACCAUCCUCUGGUGUGGUAACGUCAGAUUUGCUGCCUGAUACUACUUCGUUUCUGGAAACAUGACUGAAUUGCAGUAAAAGUAUCGACUCGUUACAUGUUGUACUUUCAGUUUUACAUACUCAUAACGAACCAGAACCUCAACAGAAAUUCUAUUAAUUGUGUUGAACGUUACCUUGGACUACAUAAACUUUCAGUUUAGAUUAACUGGUUUGUAGAGAAAUGUUGGUAGGGCUAUCCCCCAUUUAGUGCUGACACUGCUUUUUGCAUGCCUAUUUAUGGUCAGACAACUGCGCAUAACAUCACACAAUGUUUUCCCUGAUUGUCAAUGAAACACACAUUGGAGUCAUUUAGUAAGAUACGUUGAAUAAGGAAACACCACAAACACAUUUGUGGUUAUAGCAGAAUGUGAGAAUCAGAUAAUCAGAGACCGCCUUUGGGAAGCAUGUUUACUGCGCAAAUGAUUCCUGAAAUAUUGUUCUCACAGCUUGAAGGCAACAGUUUGCUUGAGAUGGAACCGAACAUAUUAGACCAUUUGGGCACCAUGGAUAUCUUCAUUUAUAUCUUAUACAGCUUGGACUCUCAUUUAUCUUGGGCUGCUAGUCAUGUUUCAUUUGUUUGCUGUGCUCCCAUGCAUUUUCUUUUCCCUAAAUCUUCUGUCAGUUUGGGCAGGUAGCUUGUUUCACCCUGCUGAACAAUACUUAUUUGGUGGUUCACAUGUAACUAGAGCAAUGCAGUUGUAAAACGAAGCAAAAUCCCAUGAACAAGUUUAAGCUGCGCACAGCAAUAUCUGAUUUUGUGUGUUUUUCUUGCAAGCAGAGUGACAUUAUUUUCAUACUGAACUCUAUUGAUUCUAUUGUGUGGUGUAAAUGCACAUCAUGUCUGUCAAAUGUGCACUAAUCAGUUAAAAAACUCUGUUUUCAUCUGAGCAUGUAGUCAGUUUGGGUGAUAACCAGUUGUGGCACCCUGCUCUCACAAGCCAUUCUGCUAACGGAACCUUGUUCUUAGUUUAGAGCUGAAUCCAGGGCUUGUCUUGUGCUUGUGAAAGUUGGUGUAUAACCACUUUUAUCAUACUCUGAGACAGUUGCUCUUUACGCACCACUUCUUGCACAAUGACGAUGAUUCCAUACUAAACAAUAGCACAGUAAGUUUGAAUCUUGCUCUCUGUUUCCAGUAGGUGGUAGGCAAUGUUUUAUCAUUAGGUGACACAUUUAUGGGCAAAACAUUGAUGGGAAUUACUUCGGGAUAGCCCGCUGGAUUAUAUCAGGAAGAGGUUGCAUGUUAUCUAGGCACGUUUCACAGAAUUGGAUCUGGCUAUCCUCUCUAGGUUACCUCAGGCUCUGGCUGUGAGCUUCCCAUAGAUAGCUGGCCACAGUAAGAGCAGAAUGCUGGACUUUAUGGACAUUUGGCCUACUCCAGAUGACUCCUAUAUUCUUAAGAACUCGCAUGGGUGCAGGGGGAGCCAUUAAGAUAUCUGUAUGUGGUAUUUUCAAAGUCCCCCCCCCAAAAAAAACCUCAGAGCAUUUUGUGUGUCUUUGCAGGCUAUAUGAGGCUCUGCUCAUAUGACAAAUGCACUGUGAGAUCCAGGUGGCUCUUAGUUAUUGUGGUUGCUGCAGUUAUGGAAAUUGCUACCAGUCUGAAAGUGUGCCUGCCUGGUUCUUUGCCACACACACCAUACAUGAGUGUGUCUACUUGGGGGCCCUGAACAUCUUACUUGAACAAGAAAUUACCGUGUGUGUACAGGCUCACAAGCUUUAUAAAGAAGUUGCAGCUGAAAGCAACAGGGCUUUUACUUGGAAACCCCCUGGUGUAACUUCUAUUUAGGAAAUAACCUUUUUCUAAAUAACUCAUUCUUCUUUCUUGGGGAAUUAUUCAAAAACAGCUUGCAAGUUGCUGAACGUCUCGAAGUAGAGCGAGGCCAUACCUAGUCACACACUUGGGUGAUGACCCCAGUUCAUCAGUAGGCAAGGGAAUCUAGGGCAGCGUUAGACAGGCAGGAUGAGAGACUUCCUCUGCUCAGUACAUUCUGUUAACAUGUUAAACUCACCAGUUUUGAAAUGUACCAUUAGUGCAGCCCACAGCUUUAACAAAGUAGAACCAAAUACAGCACACUGGAGUGUGGGUGAGAGGGAGAGAUUACUGAAUACUGUGAAGGCUAUUUGUGCCCUGGGACAAUUAAAUUCUGAACCAAGGAAGUCUACAUUCCGUAAGUUGAAUAAAUUAUGCAAAUUAGUCAAACAUAGUAAAGGUAAAGGGGCCCCUGACCAUUAGGUCCAGUCAUGGCCGACUCUGGGGUUGCGGUGCUCAUCUUGCUUUAUUGGCCAAGGGAGCCGGUGUACAUGUGGCCAGCAUGACUAAGCUGCUUCUAGUGAACCAGAGCAGCACACGGAAACGCCGUUUACCUUCCCGCCAGAGCGAUACCUAUUUAUCUACUUGCACUUUGACAUGCUUUCGAACUGCUAGGUUGGCAGGAGCAGGGACCGAGCAACGGGAGCUCACCCCAUUGCAGGGAUUCGAACCACCGACCUAAGGAUCGGCAAGUCCUAGGCUCUGUGGUUUAACCCACAGCGCCACCCAUGUCCCUAGUCAAACAUACUUUAAAAAUAAAUAAAUAAAUGUUUCAGUACUGAGGAUUUGAAAGAUUUUGUUUGUGCAUGUGUGUAUUUCUUUUAAGGACUGGAUAAUUGCAAAAGUUGAAAUGGAAUGGCAUAAAAGUAGGCAAUCACUUGGUUGUGGCGCCAAGCUGCGAACUGCUGUCUCACCCUAUCCCUUAAGAAAAUGUCAUUCCCCUUCCCUGUCAAUAUCUGGCUUGAAUUAAAUUAUACACCACCCUUCAUCUGAAGAUUACAGGGUGGUUUACAAUAUAAAACCAUAAAAUGCAUAUAAAACCACAAAAUAACAUAAUAAGAAAAAGCAAGACACAUUUAAAAGGCCACAUCAGCCACAGUGGAAUAAAAACACCUAGAAUACUGCAGCAGAAACACACAGACUCAGAAGUUUGCAAAAAGAAACAAAUGUCUGGAAAGAUGGACCUCAUUAUUUGGGAACACAUACAGGGAGAAAGAAUUAUAAGUGCAUUCAGACAAAUAUAACUACAUGUGCUUUACACACAUAAAAGGAGAAAUACGGGCAGUACAACUAAGUCUUUCAGAGUGGGGAAGAAAAUGUUAAAAAGGAUAUUAUCUCAAAUACAGCAUCAACAGAAGGUUAAAAAAUGAGAACCUCUCCUAUUUGAAGUUAGGGGAGUUUCAAAAACAUUACAUAAGAAAACUUCCAUUAUUAGUAUGCCAAAUACAAUGGGCAUUGGCUGCAAGUUUUUGGCACACCUUUUGAGAUAGAAUACAGAAUAAAUAUUUUAUUUGUUAAUUUUAGGUUUCCUUUUCUUCCACUUUCAAAAGCUCAGGAUGGCUAAAAAUUUUAAUAAGCUGCUCCGAAUGUUCACAUGUAUAGUCUACAUUGCUACAAAAGCAGCUUUUUACUUGGAUACAACUAUACAAAUUUUUAUUUUUAGCAAACCUGAUUUUUAGAAAGCUAAAAGUUAUCAGUUGCUAAAUCUGCCAAGAUAACACAUUGGACUACACUGAAUUUAAGCCUGUUUGCACUGCGCUUAUGCUAUAUAUGCAUUAUUUUCUCUCCUACUAGGAAAAGUCAGAGAUUCCCAGACAAGCAGAAUUGAAUCUGAUGUCGUGCCAAAAGUUACCAAAAUGACUGUGUCUGGAAAGAGACAAACUACUGGCUUUGAAGUUCCAUGGUAAGCCUUCACCCCUUGCAAGGUAUACUGGCAUCAUCUUCCUUCAGAUUGGUGCACCUGUAUCAAGAUUUUUGGGGGUCUAUUUUUACAGAAAUUUAGUCAAUAUGUCACAAAACUGAGCAGCAUGGCUUCUUGUUUGACUCAUAAUUACUUUCAGAAAAAGGCAUCUUGCAUUCGUGAGUUUUUUUGAAAAAGAAUCUUUCACUCUGAGUAGCACAGAGAAAACAGCUAGCCACAUUAAAAUAAUCUGUUUCACAGGGUGCAAAAUUUUCUGGAGGUUAGUUUAAAAUACAACUUUGCAAAUUGAAUUGUUGCAAGCUCAGUUAUUUGAAGUAUAAUGAUUGAAAGAGGGGAAAAGGAGAGGUUUUAUGGUGUCCAUCUGUAGACCUGUGACGGCCAUUCUGACAAUGGACUGGUUCACUGAUAGAAGCCUCUGCUAGAUUAAAGAGCCGCCUACAAGCAGAUACAACUCUUCAUGUAUAAAUAGCAUGGCAGGUAAUAGAAUGCAUGGGGCUGCUUCUGCAAAUAUCCAGUGGCGUUGCUGCAAACAUGGAGCUCUUUACACAGGCCCUUGGAUCAGGGCCAUGGUCUGCUAAGAGUAAUUCUGAAAUGUGUUCUUUACUCAGUUAUUCUCAACCAGACAUUUCAAUUGACCUAUGCCUGAAGGUUUGAAGAGGGGGAAUUCUGAAAUAAAAUCAGUAAAGUGGAAGUAACAGAUAGUCUGAAUGCAACAUACAUAUACCUGUAUUUAGGGCAAUGGAUAUGACCACAUAUUGUGAUCGAACAUUACGUUAAAACAAAUGGAGCAACUUCAAUCUUGCAUGGUCAGCAUCUUGCUGGAGUCUUCAUAGUUUACAUUCGAAAUUUAUAAAGCAAGUGUGUAUGUUCAGCAUCUCUUCAUAGCUAUGGCUCAAACCUGUGUUAAGUAAUCCUGACUGUGUACUCUUACUUAAGAACCAAACGUAAAUGACGUGCUCUUGAGCCACAGUUCAACAGGUGGUCCACCUUAAACUACUUUCACUAUUAUUAGUUUUCUUUAUGUUCUGCUGUACCUCCACAUACUUGUGCAUAUAUACCUGACACUUUUGCUGGAGAUUCUCUCUGUGUGUGUAUACACAGACUUACUCAGAAUCACAAACAUAGUUCCAAAUCCCCUCUUGGUAGGCCUUCAAGCAUAUGUAGCAGCAAUGUCUUCUUGAGAGUAAUUGAGUAAAGUAUGCAUUUCAGAAUUACUCUUGGCAGACCAUGGUCCUGAUCCAAAGAUCUGUGUGGAGAGCUCCUUGUGUGCAGCAGGACCACUAAAUUCUUGCAGAAACAGCCCCUUCACAGCAAUAUUGCUUAAAGGUAAAGGUAAAGGGACCCCUGACCAUUAGGUCCAGUCGUGGCCGACUCUGGGGUUGCGGCGCUCAUCUCGCUUUAUUGGCCGAGGGAGUCGGCGUACAGCUUCCGGGUCAUGUGGCCAGCAUGACUAAGCCGCUUCUGGCGAACCAGAGCAGCGCACGGAAAUGCUGUUUACCUUCCCACCAGAGCGGUACCUAUUUAUCUACUUGCACUUUGACGUGCUUUCGAACUGCUAGGUUGGCAGGAGCAGGGACGGAGCAACAGGAGCUCACCCCGUUGCGGGGAUUUGAACUGCCGACCUUCUGAUUGGCAAGCCCUAGGCUCUGUGGUUUAACCCACAGCGCCACCCGCGUCCGCAAUAUUGCUUACAUGGAGGUUUAUGUCAUGUGGUGUCUCUUUACUUAUAGUUCUGUUUCAGCAGAGGCUUCUAUCUGUGCAGUGGAGAGGGAGAUGACUUUUGCCAAUUUCCCUUUUUUUCUGCACACCAUCUCCCAUGUUCUUCUGAAGGGUUCCCCGCCAUUCUGGAGCAGUUUUUUUUUGGGGGGGGGGCGUUGCAGGCAGAGGGAGAAUUGGCAAAAAUUGCCCCCUUACCUGUUCUGCUAGCAGAAGUCUCAGCUGGAUCAAAGAGCCUUCUGUGAGUGGAGGUACGCUACCAAACAACAGUUUAUCGUUUGUAAAGCCAGCAUUUCAAGCAAGCCAUUCAGCAGGUAAGUGCAGAUGACCAUUUGCCAAGUGAGAACUUAGCACAGAGUGAGUAGGACAAUUUGGCAGGCUAUGGUCUGACCAAGUGGUGAAGGGCACCUUGCCACAAUUUUGUGCCUACUCAUAACUCCAGGGAAGAAGAGUGCUAUGAGUCCCUUCUGUACUGAUUCUGCUCUGCCCUGCCAACUGCUUGACAUUCACACUGUAGUAAGUCACAGUUUAGUAAAUGAUUGUCUGUAUUUACCCACUGUCUGUGGCUGUUUGGUAGCUUGCCUCUGCUCCUUUAUUUUGCAGUUUAUUUUGCAUGUAAGAAUGAAUUUCAUUUGUUCUGUAUAGUUGUGAAACUCUUCUUCUCUUAAAGUUCAUUCUUUGCUUUUUCCAGUGUGAAUGCUGAAGAGAAUGGGCAUAUGCCACAAAAGGGACUCUCAGCUGGAGAUGCCAACGUGGGGGUUACUGAGAUUCUACCUAAACCAGCUUUUCCACCCCAGACUGUUCAAGUAUCAGAAGAACCAACCUUGACACCAACUUCAGUGAAAAAGUCCGGAAAAACAAAACAGCAAAUAGAUGUGAAAGCUGAGCUGGAGAAGAGACAAGGAGGAAAACAUCUACUUAACCUUGUAGUAAUAGGUAAUAUUUUUUUGGAGUGAAAAUGAUCUGAAUACACAUAAACAAUUCUUCCCUCAAGUGGCUUUUAACAUGUAUCCAUCAGAGAUAAUCCCACAUGUAUUUCCUAUUCUUAGGACAUGUUGAUGCUGGAAAAAGUACCCUCAUGGGUCAUUUGCUGUAUCUUCUGGGCAAUGUGAACAAACGAACUAUGCACAAAUAUGAGCAAGAAUCAAAGAAAGCUGGAAAGGCAUCAUUUGCUUAUGCAUGGGUCUUGGAUGAGACAGGGGAAGAGAGAGAGAGGUGAGCAAUAUACAAUAUAUAUGUGUGUGUGUGUAUGAAGUAUUAUUUGUAAUGCACUUUUAAUAGUGCACAUUGAUGUUUACCAUUAGCAUGAAUAAGAUACGAUUAAAUUAGUGCAAUAAAUGCUAUGCUGAUAGAAUUGUUCUCCCUUCUUGUGAAUUGAGGAAAGAAGCCGUUGUAUUCAUACUUUCUGCAUGAAAGGAAUCUUUUCUGCAAAGACUUGCCUGUAGAGGAAUCUCCUGUGACCUCACUUAGAACACUGUGUUUAGUCCUAGAUGGUUCACCUGGUAAAUAAUAUAGCGUCAGAAGAGGUUCAGAAAAAAGGCAACCAAAAUGAUUUAGGAAUUGGAGCCACACUUCUUGAGGAAACUGUUGCAAUAUUUGUGGCUUUUUAGCUGAGAAAAAAGCUGUAUAAGAUUAUGCAUGGCACGGAGAAAGCAUAAAUAUUUUUUUCUCGCUCAUAAUGCUAGAACUGAGGACCAUCCAUUGAAGCUGAAUGUUGGAAGAGGGAUAGGACCAUUAAUGGCUACUAUGCAUACUACCUCUGCGAUUUAAGAUAGUAUGCCUUAGUUGUAGUUGUAGUUGUUGGGAACCACAAGUGGGGGAGAGAGCUGUUGCAUUCAGGUCCUUCUCAUCAAACCUUCAGACAUAGGCUGGCCACAGUGAUUACAGGAUGCUGGAGUAGAUGGACCUUUGGGUUGAUCCAACAGGACCACUUAUAUGUUCUGAGCCUCUGCCAUGGAACCCUUGUUCACUAUGCACUCCUUAUAUGUGUUUUUCAAGAUUCUGGAUCAUUUUAUGGAGUGAACACUUGGUUUUUUGGGCCACAGUGUUAUCCCAUAUGAAGCAGUAUAAUUGAAGGAGUACUCCACAUGAAUGGGGAGUUCUCAAGAACAUACCCCAAAUUCUCCUGUGAAGGUGCAUAUUUGGAUGUGAUGUAAUUGGUUGUGAUGUAAUAACUGCAUGGGGGUGGUGGUUAGUUCACUCUCACUAAGGAACCCGUGAUCAGCUUCCAGGGAACCUCAGGAUGCUCCAUACAGUUUGCAAAUAUCCUUCUCUAAGGCUAUUGAUACUGGGUUUUGUUUGUUGCCAUUGCUUAUGUAGCAGAAUUAGUGCUGAAUUGCAUGACUAGUUUCCAUGAUGAAGUAGCCAUGAGACUGCUCUUCUUUGGUGUGGUGACCAUUCUUGGAUGUGCUCUGGCAUGUAAGCACAUUCUCAUUUCAUAGCUUCCUCUGAUAUUGCAAGCUCAUACAUUGACACAUUUCUCAGGAUUGCUAACUGUACCAACUUGGUGAUAGCUUUUUCUUGUAACCAUGAUUAAAAAAAUUAUUUUGUGGGUGCCUUUAUCAUAGAAUGGCACUAUAAUCACAUUAGACUCUUUUAUCCUUAUCCCAAAGAAGGUGGUUUAUUUUUAGCACUCAUUUAUUAAUACAAGGUAAACUUUGGAAAGGAUUGUAAGUGACACACUUAAUGCCUGUGCUUUAUUUUUAGGGGAGUGACAAUGGAUGUAGGUAUGACCAAAUUUGAGACAAAAACAAAAGUUAUUACAUUGAUGGAUGCUCCUGGCCAUAAAGACUUCAUUCCAAAUAUGAUCACAGGAGCUGCAAUGGUAAAGACUUUUUAUUGGCGUCACCUGUCUAUAAAUAAGAAGUGAUAACACAUUGAAUUGAGUUUUGUAACAGUUCAUUCAUUGGCAGUACUUAGUGGUUAAAAUCUGUGCAGUUUUGAAAUGUUCAGUAUGCCAUCUUGAUUCAAAAUGGCAUCCAGCUGUCUUCAAACAUAGACACAGACCUGCUUCUUAUCUCAGGAACCAUUGUGUAAAAUUUUAUUAUAUCAUAAGCAUUGUCCAAAUGCAAAGCAAACAAACAAUAGCUUUCCCAAAUAUAUAAUAGAUCCAUACAUUUUCCACUGUUUGUGCAAGAGCAUAGCGAAUCUUAGCUUUGUAGUUCUUACUGUAUCAAUACAAUGGGUGCCACUGGGGCUUUACAUUUUUGGAGUGACUCAGAUAUGCAUGCAUUUUAUCAUAAAGGGGGGAAAGAAGCGUAUUUGUGAAGAAAUUAUGGAUGUGGUUGGGCUCGGCUGUGUAUGGUUAAUAAAUGCCAAGAAAUACUGUGUAACAAUUAUUCUUCCUUAGGCUGAUGUGGCUAUAUUAGUGGUGGAUGCCAGCAGAGGGGAGUUUGAAGCAGGAUUUGAGACUGGUGGGCAAACACGAGAACAUGGACUGUUGGUUCGAUCUCUUGGAGUCACACAGCUGGCAGUUGCUGUCAAUAAAAUGGACCAGGUAUUUUCCCUUGACUUUCUUAAAAUUUAUUUUCUGCAAGAAGAGAACACACAAGUUGUUACAAAUGGAGCUUGGUUAUUUUCCAAGGAAAUUGUAAUAUUUUGUUGAAUUCUAGAUGAAUGAAAUUCUGUGGAAAAAAUGGUACACGUACAAAGUGUUUUAUUGGCUUAGCUGGCACUUAAAUGAAUAUUUUCUUGAUUCUUUCAGCACUCAGUGUUCUUUCUACUGGGUUACCUUAUUAUUUUAUAAUUAUUUUUCAGUGGGGUGUCUUACUGCUAAUGUUACUUCUUAGCAAGAGAUAAUUUUCACUUGUGUUAAGAAUGGUGUUUGUACUUUAUCUUUCUUUGGUGAUAUAUUAUGUGUUUAUUUUAGGUCAAUUGGCAACAGGAAAGAUUUCGGGAGAUCGUCAGUAAGCUCGGGCAGUUCCUAAAGCAAGCUGGCUUUAAGGUAAAGAAAAUGAUAUAGAAUUCAAGAGACUGAUUAAAAAUCUGAGUUUUCAAUGACUAUAUCCACUGCUAUGGGUACAGGGAAGGUCACAAAAUGAUAUUGCCCCAUUCUAAAUGUGUGGAUAUGAUAUGUGAUAGGGCUGUGACAAAAUUUCUGGUGACUGGCUAAUUAUGACUUGAAAAUUAUGCUGGCAUUUAGCAAAAAGGUUUUCAGCUCUUCAAAGGGCUGAUACUUUAAUUUGCUACCGACUGCCAAGAAUUCCUUUUUAAUGAACUAGAAUUCUAGUCCUCUGCUUUCCUUUCCUUUCCUCCGUGGUGAGCAGAGGAUGGAGAGAGAGUUUAAGCCAAGCAAAGCUUUACAGCAAGGCUUGCAAGGUGAGGGAGAGGCCCUUUGUCACUGGCGAGAAGACCAAUAGAUUUAUUGAGCCCUGCCUUUUGUGAGGUGUGAAGGGAAUUGUCAUUGGUCAGUUCAAGGUGUGUGGGGAUGUGUAUGAGAGAGAUGUUCUAUACAGUGAUGUCAUGAAAGGAUCAGAUUGCUAUAGGUGUUACUUUCUCCUUCAAUAUUCUGUGAAGUGCAGGACUCAUUAAUUAACUUCAGUAACUGAUAAAGUAGCAUUAGCUUUCUAUCUUCCACAAGAAGAAUCUUAGUUUGAGUUUCAAAAGCUUAGAAAUACUACUGGAAAAGUUGCUUUCCAAUUUCACGCUGCAAAUUAAACACUUCUCUCAACCAGGAGUCGGAUGUAGCUUAUAUACCUACAAGUGGGCUUGGUGGUGAAAAUCUUGUCACAAGAAGUCAAGCGAGUGAGCUGACCAAAUGGUAUGAAGGAAAAUGCUUGUUAGAACAAAUAGGUAUGUGUUUACUUCUGUAAGAUUUUUAGAACAGUUUCAGUACACAGCUGGGGGAAUGCAGUAGAGACAAAUUAAUAUCGCUUGCUGUAAGAAAGUAAAGGACAUAGCUAUUCACAGAGCACAUUGGUUUAUUUACAGAUUCUUUCAAGCCACCUCAGAGAUCUGUGGAGAAACCAUUCAGAUUAUGUGUAUCGGAUGUUUUUAAAGGUUAGUAAGUUUUCUUCCAGUAUUAAAAAAAAUAAAAUUUCUGUCAUACAAUUUCCCUUCACUGGUGAACAAAUUUCCUAAAAAUAUUUAUUUAAAAAAACUAAUCUAGAAAUGCUACUUAGAAUAGGUAAUAUCCUGCUUUUCAUUACUGACUGAAGUGCAUGUACUGGUGUAGCUGGGUCAUUGCAUAGCUUGUUGCAGUAGUGCAAUGCACAGUGUCCACAAUUAUAAAUGUUUUUUCUAUCACUGCAGUUCUUAAAUUUGGAGAAUUGGCCAGACUUUUUGUAACUUUUAUUAAGUUCCUUUGUUCUUAUCUGUAUUUUCAGUGUACUUGUUCUUAAAUUUUGUUGAUUUUAUCUGCAUUUUUAAAAUAAGUACUUUAAACUUUUAAUGUAAACGGCUUAGAUUUUUCUUUGCUACAGCAAUCUAUACAUUUUGUUAAGUGAAAAUAAAUAAACACCUGCUGAGUUCAGCAGAUGUGUCGGCACAUGGGAACGUUGGCACCUAUAAUGGUUUUUGAAUCUAGGAUGCUUCUCCCACUCCCCUUCCCCGAUACUUUCAUCGUAGAGAGGGCAGAACAAAAGUGCCCUGAAAGAAUUUCCACCCUGGUUCUCCAAUAAUGGUUAGGCACACAUUGAAUAAAGAUUCUGUGUAUGCAGUGGCAGCUGUUGCCCAUUGGGACUGGUAGGAUGGAAAGCAAAGUGGGCAGUAGUAGGAAGAGCUGGAGCCAAUGGCAGGCAGAGCCAACUAAUUAUAGUUUUCUCCCCACCCUCCUCCCUACUCAUUCUGCAAAGGGCAAAGCUGAGGCAAAGAGGGAAGAAGCUGACAGUCAGGGCUACCAUAGGAAAUAAGAAGACACUGCAUCCACUAUGAAUCCCCGACUGAACUGAGAACUGUGCUUGCAGAAGAGUACAGUUCUUGGUGCUGGAAUAGCAACCAUAGUGCCAGCAUAAUCCCUCUGUUUUAACAUCUCCAGCCAGUCACAUAUUUGUAGGUUUGGUGAGAAAUAGUUUUAAAACCACUGAAGCACGAUAGGUAGCCCAACGGAACAUAAAACAUUUGAGAACAUUUUUCAAAUAGAAAACUUACUGGUUGGAUGUUUAUUGUUUUCUUAUUGCAAUGUUUGAGAUUUGUUUUACUGAUAAAAUAAAAGACUCGCUUUGCAUUACAAUGUAAAAUCAAUUGUGCAACUAUUUUUAUCUUAUCAAAAAUUGCAUCUCUGGUGGUGCAACCUUCAAAGAAGUUGCAUGAUCCUUUUGCUGUCUCCAACCAACGUUUUUGUUGCAGAUCAAGGAUCGGGAUUUUGUGUGACUGGUAAAAUUGAAGCAGGAUAUGUUCAAGUUGGAGACCGACUGCUAGCGAUGCCUCCUAAUGAAACUUGCACUGUAAAAGGUAUAGUAUACAGUCUGAUGGAUGAUCUCCCUUUGGGUUACCCUGCAGGCAGCUUUAGAAUGCGUUAAUCUACACUGUCCUAUGUGAAAACCUCAAAGAAAAAUGGGUGAUUCCUCCUUCUGAACUGUGAAUGUUCCUCCUGGAGGUCCAGAGAGCAGCUGUGUCCAAGAGCACUUUUGCAGCAGCUGCAGGCAUUCCUGGAUGAAGCAGAAAUGGUUAACUGCUGUGGUGACAUCAAUAUUGGAUUACUGCACCACUCUUACAUUUAUUGAAGCAUAUUUUCUCCGCCCGCCCCCCAUCUUUACUGGCUUCCACUUUGGGGGGGGGGGGGGUUUAGAGCCAAGAUAUUGAAUGACAUGCUUCUACAAAAACCUGUUCACUAUUGUCAUCAUUUUAGAGGUAUUGCCCCACAUCCUGCUGCCUUCUGAUUGAAUGUGGCUGGUGGCAAUGGAAGGCACCCAGUUGCAACACCCAGUUGUGCAAUUCCCUAUCUAGAUAUGUUUGAUUCGCUUUCCCUCUAUUGAAUGUAAGGUGGUAAUUCCCCUCCCCACCCCUUCAUCAAGCUUUUCAUUUGGCUGGAGUCUUUAUGCUCUUCUUGGUUGUUUUAUCUGACCCAGUUUUAUGCUCACUCCUUGCAGCUGUUUUAAUUGCUGCUAUUUGAUUUUAUUAGUAAGAUACUGUUACUGAAUAUUUUGUAAUUUUUAUUGCAGGUUGUGUGUUUACAAAUUUUUAAAGUUUAAAAUUUCCUUAGGUUGAAAGGUCGUAUGGAAGUACUUAAAUAAUUAGCAUUAUUUCAGUUAUUAGAAUGAAACAAUAAUAUAGCUGCUGUCAUGUUACUGUUGAACUUUUCACUAAUAGCUGGCAUAGUAAGAAUGCCAUAGACAGGGAGGGAGAGAAAGUGAUAUAGAGAUUUCUCUAAGCAGCUUUUUUCAGACUGUAAUACUUCAACAUUUGUGAGAAAAUAAUCCUAGUAGUCAGGAUUCAGUUUAUUUCAUUUAACAUUUUUUAUAUAGGAUGGCUACUUAAAAUAUUCUUUACAGAAGUCACAUUCCAAAGCAAUAUUAAUUUCCAUUAGAAUUAGCUGAGUCAGUGUGUUUGUGUGCAUAGCUGGACUGCAUUCCAAGCUUAUACUUUAUAGGUUUUCACAACUUUCAGAAUAUUUUUAUUGUAGAUUAAACUGAACAAUUAUACUGUUUUAAUGGACGAGGCAUUAUUAUUAGUUUGGGUUUACUUUAUGUAUAUCCCAAAUAUGAGGCGAUAACUUUGUAAAAUCAAGCAUUAAAUUAAUAUAACAGUACAGUGCUUUUUCUAAAAGUUUAACACUUUCAGAUUAAGUACAGCAUUUCCAGAACACUUUUUCCAAAAUUGCCUCCUUUUUCCAGUUACGGUUUCCAGCAACCCUAUGAAUGCUUCAAAGCUCUAGAUGUUUGUGCAUUUAGCCAUCAGCAUAUAAGUGCAGGAAUUCUUCAGUAACUCAUACAUAUGAUUUAGUACAGAGUUUAGUGUGCUUCAUAGCACACCCAUUUGUUUCACCAUUACAUCGAAAGCAAACAAAAACUCAUUUGGUGAAAAAUGAAAGCAGGUACGACCGAGAUUUUUAAAAGUUUGCGGACUGGGUGCUUGUACCAUAAAUAAUAAAUUCCUUCUUAAAUUCUUGUGCAGUCAUACUUUCAAAAUUGUGACACCUGUGCAGGCAUAUAGCUCAACACUGACUUGCAGAAAAAUCACUCCGUAAGGCAAGGUGACUUUAGAUGAUGGUAGUUCCCGAGAAGAAAAGCUGUCUGAGGUUUUAGUCAACAGCUUUUACUAUCACCUCAUUCAUACUGAAAACUGAUGAGUCGUGGUUGAUGCAGCAGAACUGGCAAAAACAGAGCUGUUUGUAGCAGUUAAACCAAGGUAGUUCACUGUUUAGUUCUGGUUUUACUCAUUUCUAGGAAUUGCCCUACAUGAUGAACCAGUGGAUUGGGCUGCAGCGGGAGAUCACGUUAUUCUCACUUUGACUGGCAUGGAUAUCAUCAAAAUCAAGUGAGUACAAAAAAGACUUUGCCUAAGCAACGGUUUAUAUUUAACAUGAAGCUUUCUAACCGUUGCAGUUGAUAAUCAGUGGUUUACCGGUUGGGGAGGGAGGGUGUAGGAGGCUUGCUACCUGGAUAGCAAGAGCACUGCAAAUCACCUAGCCUGCAUGCAAGUGACGAUGUGAAACUGGCAGUGGUCUUGAUCACAGUCAGGCAAUUGUUGGGUUAAAAAAAUUAAUAAGGGCCAGGCAUAACGAUUUGUUGGUAUAUUCAUCUGGAGUUUUGGGAGGCAAAAGAGUGCUCAAAUAGAUUGAGUACAAUGUUGGGUUUUUGUUUUUGUUUAAAUCUUUACUGCCACUGAACAACAGUUAUUUUAACACUACUAAUACACUUGGUACUGUAAGGAAGAGAAACAGUACAAUGUGACUGCUGUUUGACUGAGAUAGACCAGUCAAAGGGUGACAAAAGAAGAUGGGGCUCAAAAAAGAAGCAGAAAGGGGUUAAAUUUGGCAGAAAGUAUCAAAGAGACUAUGAUGACCAAGGAAGAGUUAGCUCUUGUCUUCUUCCAAAUAAAUAUGGGGGGGGGGGAACAAGAGCUAAAAGUGGCACUCUACAUUAAGGUACUAAUCUCCAUAAAAACAAGCACCAUUCGAGUUUAUUAUGUAGAGCAGUACUGGAGUUGACAUACUAAGGGAAUCUUAACUGGUUAAUUCGGUUUGGUGGUGCUGGGUAUGUGUGAAGGAGAGAAGCAGGAGAUGGGUCACUUGAUUAUUAACAAUAUUUAAUAGCAUGAUCCUAACCAUAUUUGCUCAGGAGGAAACCCUUUUGAUUUCAGUGGGUCUUACUCCCAGAUAAAUGGGGUUAGGAUUGCACCCUCAGAGAUUCUCUGUACUUGUUACCAAUUAGUGGAAUGAAUGACUGAAUCUAUAUUAUUUGACUUAAAAGAUGGAGAUGAGAAAAGAAAGAGAUUUAGUGAUCUUGAUAUGGUGAUCACUGUUCGUAUUAGUCAUGAUGGACUAAGUAGCUAGAGAGAGGGGGAAAGAGUUAAGAAGACUGCUGCUGAAAGCUCUCAGUAAGCCAUAAUUCUGCCCAACUUAUAAUGUUGUGAACAAAUAGCACCACCUUCCUCCACACAUCACACUAAAAAUUACUUGGAGAACCCAUAGCAAACUGCUACUCUCUACUUUGUUUUAUGUAUGUGGAAUUUUGUAGAGCAUUUGGGACAGUAUGGUAGAAAGCAAUGUGCUACCCAAACUUACAUAAAAUAACCACUUCCGUACCUCCUCCUGCCUAACAGAAUGCGUGUAGAAGAGCUAGCAAUCCCCAAACAGUAAUAAAUGCAUUACUUCUAGGGUACCUGUUGGUAGCACUGCUGCUGCCAAUCCUAUCAAGCCCAACUGAGGGCAAACCUCACCCUGGCACAGUCUGGACACACAAAUAGGAUUGACCACUGUGGGAAGGCAUCAGCCUGGUAUAGGCCAAAGGAUGACAGUGGGAAUUGAUGCAGUCUCCAUGUUAGUUUGUCAUCUAAGCAUGCCUCUUGGUGUUACCACAUUUAAAACCCAGAUGCACUUAGCUUGAUUUGUUUCUUCACAAUCUCUCUUGCAGCGUUGCGUGCAUAUUUUGUUGCCCCAAGGAACCUAUUAAAGCUUGCACACGUUUCAGAGCUCGGAUCCUCAUCUUCAAUAUUGAAGUUCCUAUCACCAAAGGCUUCCCUGUAAGUGUGGCGCUGUCUUUGUUUUCUGAAGACCUUAUGUUCUGUGUUUUAGCAUUUUAUCAGUCAUGCAUGUGCCUGCUUUUUAAUCAGAUUCAUUCUGUAUGUACUGCACAAUGAUGUGUCCCUGCUUUGCUGCACACAAGUCAAAUAUCCAUCUAGUUCAGAACUCUGGGUGGUAGCCAAAAAAGUAUUUACGUUAGUGCAAGGAUUUCUGACUGCACAACAGAACUCCCUUCCACUCACCCCAUGCACCCGCUAAAUGUAUACUGGGGGAUCUUUCAAUGCUCCGGAGUAGAUUUGGGGAGGGCAGCGACCCAUGAGAAGAAAGGCAAGUUGUGUUUACAGACGGAGAUCAUUUAGCAAAUGGAACUGCUUUGUUUCAUACUGUGCUCUGUUCUCACAGUGCAGAAUCAGGUGGCCAUAGGAAGCCCACAUGGAGAGCCUGAACACACUCCCAUACCUGUAAUUCCCAGUAAUAUUUAUUCAGAGGCAUACUACCUCCAUCAAUGGGGGUAGAACCUAGCUGUCAUAGUUAGUAGCCAUUGAUUGCCUUUUAAAGCCAUCCAAGUUGGUGGCAAUCACUAUCUCUUGUGGGAGAAAAUUCCAUAGUUUAACUGCAUGCUGUGUGACAAGGUACUUCCUUUUGUCCUGAAUUGUCCAACAUUCGUCUUCAUUGGAUAAUUUGAUGAGGGAGAAAAACUUUUCCCUAUCCGCCUUCUUUGCACCAUGCAUGCAUAGUUUUGUAUGUCUCUAUCCUGUCCCUCUCCCUUACUUGCCUUUUCUCUAAACUAAAAAACCUCAAAUGUUGUAACCCUUCCUCUUAGAGGUCAGUUGCUCCAAACCCCUGAGUAGUCUGGUUAUCCUUUUCUGAACCUUUCCCAGCUAUUCGUGCAAAAUCUUUGAUCUCGUAGCUUGCAAAAUGCAUUUAUCGAAGCGUUUCGGUCCUGUUCACGUUCUGUCAUCUGCUGAAAAUAGUUUUAAGACAGUUGUCAAUUAAAACAAACUCUUGUUUCAGGUGCUUUUACAUUUUCAAACUGUAAGCGAGCCUGCCACUAUUAGGAGGUUAUUGAGUGUGCUUCACAAGAGUACAGGUGAAGUCACAAAGAAAAAGCCUAAGUAAGUAUUUUAAGAGGAAAUGUUUGUGAAAAAUGUGUUGCAUAACAAGUCCAACUCGAAUUUCUAUCAUGUUAAGCCUAGUGGAAAUGGGAAGAGAGAUAAUCAGAUAGGCAGAUAAAAUGCAAAUAGUUGAUCUUACAUUUAGAUCUCAAAGCAUUCUGGAGCAAACUAACAAAUAUGUUGCUAAGGAUGUUCUGAGCAUGUCAUUUGGCUGCCUUUUCUUAGUUCUUGAGAAGUAGGUGCUUGAAGUACCAUUCUUGGUUUUAUAUUCUCUCUGCUUGUAUCAUAUUCCUGUCCAAAUUGCCUUUUUAAAAAUUCUGUGUAUGAGAUUCCAUCUUGUGGAAGUGCCAACAAGAGAUUUUGAGAGUACCAACACUGGAACUUUUUUAGGUUGCUUGGACUCCAUGGGAUUUAUAAUUAAUUAAAAAAUGAUCCCUUGCAAAGGCAAUGGAUGCCAGCCGGCAUAUCUUGCUCUAGUGUAACCAUGUGUCUGUACUUUAGCCUUGUGGGAUUACACUUGGUUGAUACAACUGAAGUGGACCUAGGAAAAUUCCGUUAGCCUGAGCUUUUAUUGCGUAAUGAUGCUAUGUCCAGCCUCUCAGACAUGGACUCUGGCCUUAGGUUUGGUGCACCUCAAGGUUAUAGUGGAAAUCCAGUUCUUUGCUCCCCCCCAACAAGGCAGGUAAAUAUUAGAGUCUUAACUGUAUGACUUCUUUCCAACUUCCUUAUUUUUGCUGUCUCUUGGCUCUUGUGAGAUCAGGAAAGCCAGUAUUUUACAUAUGAAUCUUUCUGCUUUGUUUUCCCCAGUCUCCUUCUAAGUCGGCUGGAUCCUGAAGGCUUAGGUUCCUCUUACUGUGUAAAUCAGCUCUUCCUCUCUUUCUCCAACAUUCUCAUUCCCCCUAUUCCACAAUAAAGUCCAGGGCAUGUGGAGAAGAUGGUCUGUUUAAUGUGCUAUUAGCCCCUUUUGUGCUUAAAAUUCUGUACUUGUGCUUCAAGCCAUGAAACCAUUAUUUUUAAAAUCAAAUUAUUUUAUGAAUAAAAAACACAGCUGUGAUUACAGUGUGACCACUCCUGUCUUUUUGAAGCAAGCCCUGUCAAUAAAUGGUUUUCAUUGGUACGGCUAAAUUCUCCAAAGUAAGCUCAGUAAUUCUAACCAAUGCAAUUCUAAUUAAAAAAAAGAAAGAAAUGUUCCCGUAGCACCUUAGAGACCAACUAAGUUUGUUCUGGGUAUAAGCUUUCGUGUGCGUACACACUGCUUCAGAUACUACAUGCAUGCAAACAAAAGCUUAUACCCAGAACCAACUUAGUUGGUCUUUAAGGUGCUACUGGACAAUUUUUAUUUUUUUUGCUUAUUUAUUUCGACUGUGUCAGACCCACAUGGCUACCUACCUGAAUCUACAAUGCAAUCCUGUCUGCAGUGAGCAUUUGUCUCCAGUAAAUAUUCCAAAGUUGCUAUUACUAAUUCCCCAAAAUGUGUGUUUUCCUUGAGCACAUGUGUACAGGCACAAUAAUAGAUCCAAUAACAAUGUAUAUGAACUGUUGCUCUUUUCCCCUUACAGGUGUUUGACUAAAGGACAGAAUGCUUUAGUAGAACUGCAAACACAAAGGCCUGUUGCUCUAGAACUUUAUAAAGACUUCAAAGAACUUGGAAGGUUCAUGUUGCGCUACAGUGGCUCCACCAUAGCUGCAGGAGUUGUGACGGAGGUAUAGCAUGUGUUUGUAUGCAUGCUUUAUAAUAAUAGAUCAUGAAGUGGUAUAUUCUUUGCAUUGAGGUUCCAGCCACUUGUUUCAAAAAAUCACCCACAAUGAACUACAGACUACUUGAGUAGCUAAUCAGGCUUGGAAAUGAGACUCUUUUAUUAAACAUUUUAAAGGAAAUAAACAACAACCACUUAGAAAUAUUAGCACUUUUUUCGUCUCCCAAGCCAAAAUCUUUGUAAACGCUUUUCGGUCCAGGUCUCAAUUCUCAUAGAAUCUUAGAAUUGUAGAGUUGGAAGCGACCCCCAAAGUCAUCUAGUCCAACCCCCUGCAAUGCAGGAAUCUCAGCUAAAGCAUCCAUAGCAGAUGGCCAUCCAACCUUUGCUUAAAGCUUCCAAUGAAAGAGAGGCCACAACCUCCCUAAGGAGAUUGUUCCACAAUCUAACAGCUCUUUCUGACACAAAGUUGUUCCUGAUAGUUAGUAUGGGUCCUACCCUCCAGAGCAGUAGAAAAGAAGCUUGCUCUAUCUUCCACGUGACAGCCCUUUGGGUAUUUGAAGAUGGCAAUCAUAUCUUGCCUUCCUUCUUAUGCUAUCCUUUAAUUAGCUGACUGUGGGGUUUUUUUCCUUGAUGGAGGUGGUUUAGCCCAGCAUCGCUCCUACUUUGAUUGGGGUUUGGGAAUCUGUAAGAAGAGGCUUGGUCAUCCCAGUCCUCAAUAGGUUGGGCAUCAGGCUCUCACAAGAUGGUCUGUCUCGGAAAAUUAGAUGGUGGAUCAGCUGCUUGUUGUAAUGCAGAAAGUGGCAGCAUUUCACUUCCCUUAAUCCACAGCAUGUCACUUGAGAGGUACAUGUUUGAAUAGCUUGAUUCAGCCUUAUCUGCCCAUCCAAACUUCUUAGAAGGUACAAUGUGAAGAAAGGCGAAGUUGUGGUUUUAGUUCAGAGGAGACUGCUAUGUUAAAAUGCAUACUGCUUAAAAGGCAUUAUUUGGCUAUGGUAUAUGUAAGCAUUUUUUAUUUGUUUUUAGUAUUUCAGAGAUGCCAAGUAGGUCAUGUGAUGAAUUGUCUGUGCAGUUGAGUGGCACAACUUUUCUUGAGGCAGGGUGGCAUAAGAGUCAUCUUCCUGAACGAAAAUUGUGAAGGUUUUGCGUGUGCACUUUUUAAACCUUACAGUUGGGCAGCAUUUUAGCUAACUGCAGAAAUGGCUUCAUGGAAUGAUGUGUCAGUACACUUUCAAAGAGCUGUGCUUGCAGCUCUUCACUCAUUUAUGUUCUUAGUAACAUCCCAAGCUCAACAUGGCUAGAAGAAGGUAGCCCUUGUGUGCAAUACCCCAUUGCUCUUACACAAGUCCCAAUUAAUAGAAGAGCCAUGCUGGAUCCGACCAAUGGUCCACCCAGUCCAACAUCUUGUUCCUAGGCCAUAAAGGUAACACACACAAACCACCUACUAUUCACUAGUGGUGCACAGACUCAGUUACUGUUCAGUGGAAUACUGCCUCUGAACCCAGAGGUUUUUUUGGUCUUCGAUGGCUUAUAUCUAUUGAUAAAAACCUGUUCUUCAUAAAUGUGUCAGAUCUUAACUAAAGCCAUCUGAGCCCAUUACAACUUGUGACAACAGAGUCUGUAAACUAUGUAAUAUGUGAAGAACACUUUUGUUUGUUCUGGGUCUCUCGUUUCUCCACACCAUGUAUAAUCUCCUCAACCUCUAUCAUAUCUCCCGCUCAGUUGCCAUUCUUUUCCAAAGUUCCAAACACACCGACAUUUUGUUUAGGGAACCUCGCAGUGAUCUUAGGCAGAGAAGUCUUGCUGAGUUCUUUCACAAAAGGUUAAGCGCCAAACUAGAUGUGAUGAUGGAGGAUCUGCGCUUGGAUCACCAAAUGUCUCUUUGCUUACUUGUUUAAAAGCAGGUUGUGAGGGCAAGAAAUUUUGCAUUGGAGCUGUGCUGCUAGGAGAGGGUUUUAUUUUUAUUUUUUAAAAAAAACACCUUUCCUCUAUGCCAUUUCCCCAAUAUAAAAUUCUCCCCUCCCUCUUACUAUUCUUACCACUCCCCACCCCUGCUGUUAGCUGUGAAAGGUAAAAAAUAAAUAAAAUCUGGUCAGCUUGUGUGCUGGCCUUGCCCAGUAACAUCUUCAAACCUGGUUCCAGGUCUUUGCAUUUGUACACUUUGGAUAAAUGCCAAUGUCUUCUCUGAAAAUUUUUAAUUCUUCUUCUUCUUUUUAGAUAAAAGAAUGA